AACAGAAAGGAGAGCCGCGUGUCCUCCCAGCCACUGCCACCCUUCCCCACCUAUCGAUCUCGAGUUCUCUCGACCCCACCCGACCCGGAGCCGCACCGCCUCGACCCAGACCGGCGCCGACGAGCCCCAGCGCCCAAUGGCGGCGGCUUUCCUCGCCCUGGAGGCCCGCGUGACAUGAUCCCUGUCCCCCGAGGAUGGGAAUAUCCCCCCUCCACCCUCCCUUCUCGACUCUUCCUCGGGUCUCUCCUUCUCCACCGCCUCGCGCUCCGCAAUUGGCUGCUCGUGCUCGCGUGGCCCCGGAUCGCCGCCAGGUCCGGGAACAAGAACAAAUGUUGCAAGAAGACAUGAAAUGGGAAAGACCGAGAGAGCAAGAGGGAAAGAUACCGUGGAUUGGUUGGGCGGUGGCCGGUGCUGCAGCUCAUGGAACUUGAAUGGUAGGCCAAGCAGGGCGACGCGUUGAGCGGGCCGAGCGUGGGCUGUUUUAGCAGACCGUGGAGUUGGAUUGUGGGCCAGGACGGUGGAAGUGGGCUGCUCACUGCAAUUUUGGUCCCAUAUACUUGCUAUUUUUAUUUCCAAUUUUGCAGUAUAUUCAACGUAUAUAUAAGGAUAGAAAAAAUUUGAGGUGGGGCCACGACCCACUUUGCCCCCCUGCCCAUGACAGCAGAUGACUUUUGCAUUUUUUUUGGGAUCCUUCAUUAUUGGUGGUCCUUGUUUUUUUGUGGAAAAUCGCCGGAGAACUAGGUAUGCGGUAGCCUUAGGAUUUCCUAAGGUGCCAUUGGAUGGACUUGCAGAAUAAAGCACUCCUAUAUGCUUUGUGGUAACUGUGUGAUUUGGUGACGGAGUUUCGUGUAGAUCAGUUAUCUGGGUGAUGGGGAUGCACACUUCACCUUUUUGCUGCCUUCCUUUUAAUGCACUAAUAACUGUUUUCCCCCUUCCAACAGGAAGUAGCUAAUUGGUGCUGGGCAUAGGACUUGCUGGAUUUCAGUCGUCUGAUAUACUGAGACUUAGUAGUGCUGAUCCAGUGAACCUAUCCACACCAACUUGAUUACAGUCUCUCUGACACAACUAUGGCGCCCUCUGCCGCUGCCCCAGGCAUCUCUGAGGCUGAGGGGGCACCACGCAUGGCCAAGUUCCUCUGCAGCUUUGGAGGUAGUAUCCUUCCCCGACCACUUGAUGGCUGUCUUCGAUAUGUUGGUGGCGAGACAAGGAUUGUCAUAUUGCCGCGUGACAUAUCAUAUGCCGACCUAGCUGCACGGAUGAGAGAUCUCUACAAGGAUGCUGAUACCAUCAAAUACCAGCAACCUGAUGAGGAUCUGGAUGCGCUGGUCUCGGUCGUGAAUCACGAUGAUGUGGUGAACAUGAUGGAGGAGUAUGACAAAGUCACUGCCACAGGGGAGGCGUUCACUCGGCUCAGGAUCUUCUUAUUUUCUCAGCAAUUGGAUGACAAUGCUGCAUCAGUGGCUGUGCAUUACAAUGUAGACGAGCGGGAAACAGAGAGAAGGUAUGUAGAUGCGCUCAACAGCCUUGGUGAUGUUAGGUCACCUUCCUCCCCUGUAUCUGUGGAGCAGCUUUUUGGCAUCGGAGGCAAUGAUUCAGGAAUUCCUGAUUUUGCUGGCUUGAGACAUUUGAAUGUCCCUCGUCCAUCACAUGGUCAGAGGUAUGGAGAGAUGGAUUCUCCUUGGAGCCCUGCUUAUGUCUCACCAAGCCAGUACAGAGUGCAUGACCCGAGGGAUUUUCCAAUUUCACCGUCAUCUGCAAGGUUCCAAGUAGGAGCGGAGGAUUUUGAUGACAGGAUUCCUGACGACUUUGUAAGGCAGUCACCAAAAUAUCAUUAUUAUGAGGCUCAAUCACCAUCACAUAUGGAUAAUUUAGUCUGGCUUCCACCUGGUGCUGUAAUUCAGCAAAAUGCAGGUUUCCCUGGUGAUUUGAGCAAGCACAAUAAAUUUUUGGAUGGGAACAGUGGAUGUGAUCACUGUGGUUCACUAUUCCACAAGGGUCAGGGUUCGGUGACUGAUCCUAUCUAUAUGAAUCCUCGUUGGACUCGGCCAGUCCAACAACAUUUUGACCAACCAAGCAUGAUUAAUGAUUAUCCCGGUCACCAUGCUAAUUCUUGUCCAGAUUACUGCCGCCCUGGUGAGCAUUAUGCGGGAGGUCAAGAUGUUAGAUUGGAAAAUGGUGUUUAUGUUAAAGAGCAAAAUGGUGGUCAUACUCCCAUGCUUUAUAAUGAGUCACGUCCUCACGAUAGAGUCUGGUAUGCGCAUACCAACCAAAGUCAUCAGCGGUAUGAGGAUCCAAGGCUGCAUUAUCCUACUAAUGAUAGAGUGAUCGAGCCAUACAUUGUCGAUGCUAGCUCUGUAAAUUCCGCAUUUGCACCAAACAAAGUAUAUGAAAUGCAUUCAGCAUCUCUUGGUCAUUCUAGUUCUAGCCAUGAAAGUCCUCACUAUUUUCAUGGUAGCAGUGAGCUCAUAAAUGACGCAUAUCACAACCAACAAGUUGGAGGCAGUGGGUCAUAUGUGCAGCCAGCAGGGUCUGAAGAAUCCCCUGGUCAGCAUUACAACCACUUUUCGGCCUAUGGUGCAGAUUCCUUUUAUCAAAUGCAACAAAAUUUGCCACCCAUUCAAUCUUUGAGGAGGAGAGCGAACAGUCCUGUUCACACUGCCUCACCAUAUGAUUCCCCACACCUGCCAAUACCAAAUGGGAGCAUUAACAUGAAUUCUGUUAGAAAUACAGGUGAUGCGAGUCCCAGGAUAGCAGGUCUUAUUGGAUAUGAUCGAAUGCCAAACCCAUUUACUCCGCCCAAUGGCAGCAUACUAUAUAGAGUUGGUGGGCAUGAUGUUCCUGCAGCUAUGGAGAACACUAGUGCUUUUGGUCCUAGGUCUAAUCCAACUGCUGCUCAGUAUGUUCAGCCUUUUAUUGCUCCUGAAUCAAUCCAGCAUCAACCUGGAGUUCCCUUGAGGGAGGUUUAUCCUGAAAGAGCAUACCCUGAACCCAUGCCGUCAUCAUAUGCUGAUGGCAAAGUAGCUGUUUCUGCAUUGCCCCUCACCGACCAAUUAUUCAGGUUGGAUAUAAACACAAUGAAGAAACUUGAAGGACAAGAUGAUGGGAACUCUACUCGAAAUGUGAAUGAAACAACUCUUUUGCAUGCUGUGGAUGAACCAAGUACCUUACCCCACCAUGUUGGAUCUGUACAUGAAGUCGAUCCUAAGCAGGAGAAGCUAACCGAAAAAGAAAGCAGGCAAAAGCAACAUGAAGCUGGGGCUACAGCACUGCAGGAAUGUGAGGAUAUUUCAGAGGAUAUGUUGAAUUUCCUUCCUGAAUUAAUUGCCUCUGUUAAAAAGGUAACACUGGAAGAUGCUGCUGAGACACAAAUAGCCCAAUCAGAUGCUAAUGCUGCUGUUUCACCUGUUCCUGAUGAUGACGAUAAUGGAAAGAAGCUGGAUGAGGCAACAGCUGGUAAUACAAAUGCAAAUCAGGACCUUGAUUUGCAAGGAAGCCUUGAUCGGCAGAAGAGUUUCAAGAUUGAGUCUACAACUGCUGAAGCUGAAGCUUUGUCGAAAGGACUACAGACUAUAAAAAAUGAUGAUUUAGAGGAAAUUAGAGAGCUGGGUUCAGGUACUUAUGGGGCGGUCUAUCAUGGUAAAUGGAGGGGAUGCGAUGUUGCUAUUAAAAGAAUAAAAGCAAGUUGCUUUGCUGGAAGACCAUCUGAAAGAGAGCGUUUGAUCACGGAUUUCUGGAAAGAAGCUCUGAUCCUAAGCUCACUUCAUCAUCCAAAUGUGGUUGCAUUUUAUGGUGUAGUUCGUGAUGGUCCAGAUGGAAGCUUAGCAACUGUUACUGAGUUUAUGGUUAAUGGGUCUCUCAAACAGUUCCUGAGGAAAAAAGACAGGACAAUAGAUCGCCGGAAGAGAGUAAUAUUAGCCAUGGAUGCUGCAUUUGGCAUGGAAUAUUUGCACGGGAAGAAUAUAGUCCAUUUUGACCUGAAGUGUGAGAAUCUACUGGUGAACAUGAGGGAUCCACAGCGACCAAUCUGCAAGAUCGGUGAUCUCGGGCUAUCAAAGGUUAAACAGCAUACUUUGGUAUCUGGUGGUGUUAGAGGAACCUUACCGUGGAUGGCACCAGAGCUUCUGAGUGGGAAAAACAAUAUGGUGUCAGAGAAGAUUGACGUCUAUUCGUUUGGAAUUGUCAUGUGGGAGCUGCUUACUGGGGAAGAGCCAUACUCUGAUAUGCGUGCUGCUGAAAUUAUUGGGGCCAUUGUAAACGAUUCCUUACGCCCUCAAAUCCCUUCAUGGUGUGAUCCUGAGUGGAAGGGAUUGAUGGAAAGCUGUUGGUCCAGUGAUCCAGCGGAGAGACCGUCCUUCACUGAUAUAUCUCAAAGGUUGAGGAAAAUGGCCGCUGCAAUGAAUGUGAAGUGAAGGUUCGGAAGCCAUAUUUGUCUUGUAAGUGUUCCCACAUCCAGUAUAAGUGAUUACAAGAGGAAGGUAGAGUUCAAACAGGAUUGAUUUGAGUAAAUAUGCCCAAAAUGUCUUGGCAGCAUCUCAGUUUACCCUACUCCAAGUGAUAAUUUUAUUAUGUCAUGGAGAUUCCAAAGCAUGUUUGAUGCGAGCCAGCUGUUGGGUUUAUUUACUCCUUGUAUGACCAUUAGUAAAAGGGAAAACUGACGUUUCUGCUUACCUGUUUCAGGAUUUUCCUUAGUCCUGGAGUAACCCGGCUGUCAUUUGCCUUGUGUCGAAAAUAAGUAUGCUAUAAAGCGUUCUGUCUUGAUGGGAACUGUUGGGCUGUAAUUGUAAAUAAGUUUUGACUUGCUUCAUCUUGCUGUGCAAAGUAGUAAUUAAUAGGCACGAUCAAAGCUGGGCACAGUUAUCUUUUCCCCCCAUACAAAAGUGUGUCCUAGGACUAGGAGGAGAGAUGGAUCGAACACGACUAGAGCUGUACAUAGUAUACUGUUUGCUCUGUAUAUAAUCAUCACUUCCUAUUUGAAUGCUCAUAAGUUUGCACAGUCC